AUGUCAAGAAUUACUGCUUUACAAGAUUAUUUAUCUAGUUACAAUGCACAUGACAUCACAAAAAUAAACGAUUUUCUUCAUCCGAAAUGUCGUGUAAUAUUCAAUGGUCAUUUAGUUCUCGAUGGCGCGGAAGCAAUGCGUCACACUUAUGAUAACGGUGAUGAAGAUCGUAUUCGUGCUUUGAUCAGAACUACGCAUAACAAUCAUCUGAUUGAUGUUACAUACGUCUUCGAACCAAAUGAAAAUGGCGAUGGGAACAGUAAACAACGAAUGAUCGAACAUAUUAUUCAUUCGGUGACGCAUAAUCGAGAUGAAAAUAAAUAA